CAGGGAACGGUGACCUUUGACCACCGGCCUGAUUCUCUGGGGAAGUUUGGGGACAGCUGCUGGAUGGGCAAAGGAAGUAGUUCCAGGAGGUGAUGACAGAGGACUUGGGGGCGCUCUUCUCUGUGGAAUAUCCAAGCCCCAAACUGGACAUCGUUGUGAAGGUGGAGGACAAGGAAGGGCUGUGGGUCACUUCCCUGCCAGACUCUCUAGGGCAGGAGAGCCAGAAGACGCCCCAGCCAGGGAGCCCGGCCUGGAGCAAGUCUGGGGAGCAGUGCCAAGAGGAAAGUUCUGGAAGCUUGCCCUUGCCAAGUGAGCGAGAGAGACGAUCGGGAGAGAUGGCCCUUGCAGCUCCUGAACACCACGCAGCCCAGGGAAAGCAGCCGGUGGCCAAUCGGAACUGGAAGGGACCCCCAUAUCCGUGCUCAGGGUGCGAGCAGACCUUCCAGGACAAAAAAGACCUCAAGAAACACCAGAAAGUCAUCCAUAUUGGGGAGAAGCCCCAUGGAUGCACCCAGUGUGGGAAAACGUUCCAGUUCCGGAGUAACCUGAUAGUCCACCAGAGGCUCCACACCGGAGAGAAGCCUUAUUCCUGCCAGGAAUGCGGGAAGACCUUCCGGUGCAGGAAUAAACUCACCAUCCACCAGAGAAUCCACACAGGCGAGAAGCCCUACCCGUGCCUGGUGUGUGGCAAGACUUUCCGGGGGCGGCACCCGCUGACGAUCCAUGAGAGGAUCCACAGAGGAGAGAAGCCCUAUUCCUGCCCAGAGUGUGGGAAAUCUUUCAGGGAUACCAAAGGCCUGAGACUUCACCAGAGAAUCCACACAGGAGAGAAGCCAUACCCUUGCCCUGAGUGUGGGAAAAGCUUCAGGUACAGGAACAAAUUCAAAACCCACCAGAGAAUCCACACUGGAGAGAAGCCCUAUCUCUGCCUGGAAUGUGGAAAUUCCUUCCGCGACAAGAACCAGCUCAUAAUCCAUGAAAGGCUGCACACUGGGGGAAAGCCCUUCCCCUGUAACAUCUGUGGGAAAGGGUUUAGAGAAAAGAGAACUCUGAAAUACCAUGAGAGAAUCCACGUGGGAGAGAAGCCCUUUACUUGCCAAGAGUGCGGAAAGGCUUUCAAGUUCAAGAACAAACUGACAGCCCACCAGAGAAUCCACACCGGAGACAAACCUUACCCCUGCCAAGACUGUGGGAAAUCCUUCCGGGACAAGCGCGAUCUCCGAGUCCACCAGAGAAUCCACACAGGCGAGAAGCCCUUUUCCUGCAAAGCGUGUGACAGCUCCUUUCGGUACCGGAACCAGCUGAUAGCCCAUGAGAAAACCCACAUGGCAGAGAAGGACGACACGGAGAUUCUGAGAAUUACCAUCCUGGAGAAUCAUGGCGAGCAGAUCCAUGGGGAAUCCACCCAGAAAAGAUCCCUCAGCCCUGUGGGGGAUGUUGAAGAAUCAGUGCAGAUGGUAACAGUUUCAGAGAAUCACAACAAAGUUGCUGUUGGAGAAUCUAAACAGGAGACAAACUUCCCACCUAAUGUGGGGACAGAGGCAGAAGAGAUCCCAGACGAUUACGGAGACCAAGGAAUCAAGGAACCGAAGCCGGAAAUAAAGAGCAUCAUCGCUGUGACUGUGGGGGGAUCUCUGUGGGAGGGAGCCCCAAUCUUUGUCAAGAGUGAGGAGAACACUUCAGACUAGUCAGAGAGGCCAGUAGAUAAUCCAGGGUUCAGAGUCCCCCCAUCAGGAGUCUCCAGGGUGGUGCCCGGGGGAGCAAGUGGUUUUAGAAAGUGGGCAGGGCCAGCUCAGGUUUGUCGUCAUUAAGGCUCCUGAUUGGCCACUAGAGAUCUGAUGGGCUGUGCCAAUUUUUUCAAAUGUUGCUUUGGCAAUAGUUGCCAUCACAACAUAAAGAUCUU